UUAAUCAUAUAUAUAAUACUAGUAUUAUAUAUAACUAGUAUUAUAUAUAUGGUUUUAAUUGAGCGAUUGAGGCUAGAUUAAUGAGGUUAUAUCGAUGCUUCCUGGAUAGAUGGAUCGCCAUAUCAAAGAAAUCCUUGAGAAUUACCCUAAUUUUCUAAACGAUGAUCACGUGAUUGAUUGUACUUGGGAAGAAGAUGAGGAUACUAAGAAAGCACCGUUUGUCAGAAUUUUACCUAGAAAUUUUUCUGUAAAAGAUGUCACCUAUAUAAGAAAAAGAAGGGGGUGCUACUUCCUAGUUAAAUAUAAUUUUGACACCGGCGAAGACCUACCAACAGGAAAUGGAUUAAAGGUGUUGGUAGAUCGGAUUAAAAAAUAUUCUCCAUCGAAUACUGUGAUAGUGGACGAAUGUAUAGAACCUCCAAAAUUAUCGUCAUAACGUACGUAGUUUGUUGCAAAUACAGCCGACUGGAUUUUGAAUGGCCCAUACAAACACCAAUUAAAGUAUGGGCUAUGCAAAAUGCGCUCGAAAAAUUUCACAUAUAAAGGUAAUUAGGUAAAUUUCACAUGUAAAGGUAAUUAAAAUAAUAUGACUUGUUA